AUUGUCAAUCUUCUUAUAAUCCAUACACUUUCAUAGUCUAUAUGGGAUGACAUGCAUCCAUUUGAUAGAUGUGUAUAUGCUGUAGCAUUUUGUUCUUUGUUGGGCAGAACUAUCAAUUCUGGUACUCCCAGUCUGGUCUCACGUCUCGACCACGGUCAAAACUUGUAAUCCCAACACAGGCAGCGAGCCGAGCUACCAGUCAUCACCCAAUGAAAGAAUCGUAAUGCACCCACCCGAAGCAUGACUAGAUGGAAGAACCCAAUACAUGGCAAGAUGACAGAUUGCUGGCUUGAAAUUGCACCUUCUCAGGAUGCAAACAAACAAGAAGCGCUCAUCACAGCACCAGAGAAAGCUCCCAUUCGAAAGCAGCCACUGUGCCAUGAAUCCCUUGAAUCAUCCAACCAGUAUUUAUUGCUCACAUGCCUGAUGAUCCUAUAGAUCGAUCUCUCUCCAUUCCAGCUUCCCUUCAUGCCUUAAAUCCACCCUCCCUCCCUGUCAAGCCAGCCACAUGUGUGGAUCCUUAGCCUUUCACCCCUCACAUCGGACUGUCAUCCAUUCUCCUGCUGCCCCUGCUCAGAGAAGGGAGAUCGGGACAUGGGCAGGAAACUAGGGUUUACCUAUCUGUUCUCUAGAACGAGGGACGCAAAGCACGCCUCUUCUUCUGUACGUUCCGAUCCUCCCCUUCCAUGGACUUCUUGCCGGCACCCAAGAACCCGCUCCUUCAGGGAAGAGGACGGAGACGCAGAGCACGACGGCAUGAACGCUUGCUCCUUCGACCUGACCGUGUCAUGCAGCGAGAGCAUCUCCACGGCGUGGGAGGACCCCAGCAGCGACGCCGCGGAGGCGGUCAUUUGUGGGCUGAGGUCGGACCGGCUAUUCUUCGAGCCGGGAGGCGCGACGAGAUCGAUAGUGGCGGAAGAGGAAGCGGCCGACGCCGACAGCAUCCCCUUCGAAGGGAGCAUCGCCAUGGCAGUGGACUCGGAAGACCCCUACCGGGACUUCAAGCAGUCGAUGGAGGAGAUGGUGAUGGCUCACAGCGUGAAGGUCGACUGGGCGUGGCUUGAGGAGAUGCUGACCUGGUACCUGAGGGUCAAUGGAAAGAAGACUCAUGAGAUCAUAGUAGGGGCCUUCUUGGACUUGCUUUUAAGCCUCGCGCCAUCUCCUUUCUCUUCUUCCUGUUCGUCCUGCACCUUUGGGAUCGAGGAGGAGGAGAGCGUGUAAGGUGACAUACCUUGUUCGUGUUACAGUCACUGUGUACCGGUACCCAACCAACGAAGGUACGCAUGAACACGAGUUGCCAAUAGCAAGGCCAUGGGUGCUGCCGUUUUUGUCUUGGCAAAAGGGAAAUGUGAAUUCCUUUGUUGCCAAUACCACACGAAGCACCAAUUCCUUUGUUGCUUCAUGGUGAUUCCUGUACUUUAUAGUUCAUGUGCUUCCAGUACAAGAUUGACGAUUCCAGGAAUCAAAAUAUUGUGAUGCUGGGAAUGUUGAGAAGCAUAAGACAGUCUUGGAUAUACAAUAUUACUAUGCAUUCGCUGUUCAUAGAUCUACUGAAUCUUCAACAGUAGUUACUUAAAUGGUUACGAAGAAAAAUGCACGUAAAUGGACCAGAUAAAGAGAGAAGAUGUGGAGUGAGCGAGCACGAAGGAGAAGAGGGAGAGGCAUCAGCAGAACUGUACAGGUUGUAAGUAAGCCAAAAGGACUGUGGCCUACCACAUGCUGAGACGAGACUAUGCAUCCACAGUACUAUGAACGACUGACAUCAUAGUACUUGAAUAGUAUGUUUUCAGCUACGGAAUCAAUAAGUAAUUGGUCUUCUCGUCAACAUCAGCAGCAGGUCGUGUCCUUAUCUUUUUGGAUGAUGUUAUCGACACACUCCAA